UCAUUACAUUAAGUAUUACGACAUGCAACAUGGCGUCAAAUUUUUCGUGAAACCGGAACAGUUGUGAAGGGGAAAAGGAACAUGAUAAUGAACCAAGCAAUGACAACCAUUUUGGCCUGAAGUGCUGGUGAAUUUACUCCCGUGAUUUCAAACCUUUACAAUGGCGGACGCAGCGCCAGCCGCACGUGGAGGAUUUAGAGGAGGCUUUGGAGCGAGAGGAGGCGGUGGUGGACGAGGAGGUCCACGAGGUCGCGGUAGAGGCCGCGGUCGUGGAAGAGGCCGUGGAAAGGAAGGAGAAAAGGACUGGAUCCCAGUCACCAAGCUGGGACGUUUAGUGAGGGAUGGCAAAAUUCGAUCCCUUGAAGAGAUCUACUUUUUCUCUCUUCCCAUCAAGGAAUGUGAAAUCGUAGACUUCUUCAUUGGACCCUACCUUAAAGAUGAAGUAUUGAAAAUUAUGCCCGUUCAGAAACAGACCCGUGCCGGUCAAAGGACCCGUUUCAAGGCUUUUGUUGCCAUUGGAGACCAUAAUGGCCACAUUGGAUUGGGCGUCAAGUGCAGUAAAGAAGUAGCCACUGCUAUCCGAGGUGCCAUCGUUCUGGCCAAACUCUCAGUCAUUCCUGUCCGACGAGGUUACUGGGGUAACAAGAUCGGUAAACCUCACACUGUUCCUUGCAAGGUCACCGGUAAGUGUGGGUCCGUCCAAGUGCGUCUAAUUCCCGCACCUCGUGGUACUGGUAUUGUCAGCGCACCUGUCCCAAAGAAGCUGUUGACUAUGGCUGGUAUCAAUGACUGUUACACCUCAGCUAAGGGCUCCACUGGUACUCUUGGUAACUUCGCCAAAGCUACCUAUGUUGCCAUCUCAGAAACUUAUGCUUUCCUGACACCAGACUUGUGGCGUGAAACUCCCCUCAUCAAAUCACCGUACUCUGACCAUUCUGAGCACCUCUCAAGAAUGCAUAAGACCCUGCCAGCUGUUCAACCGGAAUAUUGAUUGUUGUGAUUUAUAGAUCUAAGACCUACAAAAGUUUUUAAUAAAUUUUGAAAAUUUAAAA